UUUCCGUAGCAGUUUUUUCCACUUGCGGAUUUUUCGUUGUGCGCGUGUUUUUUGCUCGUUUCAGCUGCAUUUGCGGCAGCUGAUCGACGCCGGCGAAUCGAGAUGCUAUUGGCCUAAUCCGCGGCCACUUGCGAAGCCAAAUUUUUCCAGGGCCGAUGGUAUUUUGUGAGAUUUGCGGUGCGGUCACACUGGAAUCGAGUUUUGGGAUUUGGCGUUUAGCGAAGAUUUUUUGUGCUAAUUUUGUGCAGAAAUCGAAGCAGCAGCCGUGUUAAUUGGAAACAAGUGGGAGCCCGAGAACAGCUGUUACACCUGGCCGGAAAUAAAGGGUAUAGCAGUAAAAUAGAAGCGACCAGCAGCAGCGAAAUGAACAAGGCUGACGUCAACCGACGCGUUUUGGCCAUUCAGGCGAAGAAGAAGCGUCAUAAGAACAACAAGAAGCGGGGCAAGCAGAACGGCACUGGUGGCCCCCAGGAUCAGCAGCCCAAUCCCAGCCAGAAUCCCAGUUCCCAACCGAAUCAGAGCAGCGAGAACUUGCAGGCACCGGAUAAUGCUAAUAAUAGCCAUGCGGAUGUGCCAAUUUCGGCUGCCUUUAGCAAGGUAAACGCCACGGCCACAGUUUCCACGUCCAGCGGAGGAUCCGGCGGCACUCCCGACCAAUAUCAGCCACCACAGGCGCAGCCACCGAAGUCCAAGAGCAACUCGAAAAAGGAGCAUCUGCAGCAGCAGCAGCAGCAGCCACCGCGAAGCAGCUCCAAUGAGUCCUACGAAUCCGAGCUGAAUAGCGAGAACGAGGAGCAGGAGCUCAAGGAAGACUACUGCAAGGGUGGCUACCACCCCGUCAAUAUCGGUGACCUGUUUCAGGGUCGCUACCAUGUCAUCCGAAAAUUGGGCUGGGGUCACUUCUCGACCGUCUGGCUGUGCUGGGAUCUGCAGGAGAUGAGCUAUGUGGCCAUAAAGAUCGUCAAGUCGGCGCCGCACUUUGCCGAGACGGCCAAGGACGAGAUCAAGAUUCUUAGGACGGUGCGCGAGACGGAUCCAUCGAAUCCACGCCGGCAGAAGACCGUUCAGAUGCUGGACGACUUCAAGAUCACCGGCGUCAAUGGCACCCACAUCUGCAUGGUGUUCGAGGUGCUCGGCGACAAUCUGCUGAAGCUCAUUCGCAAGUCCAACUAUCGAGGCAUACCGCUGGGCAACGUGAAGACCAUCACCCGCCAGGUGCUGGAGGGUCUGGACUAUCUGCACACCUGCUGCAAGAUCAUCCACACGGACAUCAAGCCCGAGAACGUGCUGCUGUGCGUGGACGAGCCGCAUGUCCGCUCGCUGGCCACCGAAGCCACCCAGUUGUACUGCAUGAACUCCAAGAUGUAUCCCUCGCUGGUCAGCCGGGCGCCCAAGGAGUAUCGCGAGCCGCCCAUCACCGGCAAAAUGAGCAAGAACCGCAAGAAGAAGCUCAAAAAGAAGGCCAAGAAGCGCAUGGAGCUGUUCAAAAAGCAGCGUGACUACCUGGAGCAGGCGGGCGGUCAGCCAGUCGAAGGCCAGGAUGCUGGCGAGGAUCAGACGGACUUCGGUGUCAAUCACAAUGAGGUGCAGAACGGCGAUGCUGGCAUCUCCGAUGGCGAUGAGGACGUGGAGGUGAAGCAGGAGCCGGAGGACAAUGAUGGCGACGAGGACGAGGAAGUGGCUGCUGCGCAGCCAGUGCGGAAGGAGAGGCACGAGCGCAAGGAGCGUCCGGAGCGAAAGGAGCAGGCACAGCAGUCGGAACAACAAGCUGAGGGCGCUGACAAAGCCAAAAAGAAGAAGAAAAAGAAGAAUAAGAACAAAUCCAACCAGCCGCAAGCUCAGCAGGCGCCACAGCUGGAGAACUCGACGAGCAGCGGCGACAGCAGCAGCGCCCUCAAGAGCCACCAGAUCAAUGGCAGUAGUAGCAUUAGCAACAGCAACUCCAACACCAACAGCAACUCGAGCGGCACUCUAAAAGGACAAUCAAAUGGCAAAAAGAUGCCAUUGCGACCGAAGCAGGAGAAGCAACUGGAAAAGCAGCAGCAGCAGCAACAGCAGCAGCAGUCAUCGAAUCAGCAGCUGACGAACAACAACAACUCCAGCUCUAAGCCCAACUCGAAUAGCAAUUCGAAAAUCUCAAGCGGCUCCGUGGAGAACUCGUCGUCGGCCACAAAUGGGCCGUAUUCUGAGCCCAUGCUGCCACCGCCUCCUCCGCCACCGCAGGCCAAACACAGCAGGGCCAGACGGGAUCCGGCGCUGGAGGAGUGCAGCGUCUAUGUGAAGAUCGCCGAUCUGGGCAAUGCCUGCUGGGUGGAUCGCCAUUUCACCGAGGACAUCCAGACGCGUCAGUAUCGCUCGCUGGAGGUGAUUCUCGGCUCCGGCUACGAUACCUCGGCGGACAUCUGGAGCACUGCCUGCAUGGUGUUCGAACUGGCCACCGGCGACUAUCUGUUUGAGCCACACUCCGGCGACACCUACUCCCGCGACGAGGACCAUUUGGCGCACAUCAUUGAGCUGCUGGGUCCCAUACCGCGCAACAUUGUGUUCCGCGGCACCUAUGCCCAGCAGUCGUUCAACCGGGGCGGCGAACUGCGCAACAUCACCGGCCUGAAGCCCUGGGGCCUGAUGGAUGUCCUGCUGGAGAAGUACGAGUGGUCGCACAGCGAGGCGGAGUCCUUCGCCUCGUUCCUCAAGCCCAUGCUGGAGUUCGAUCCGGCCAAGCGAGCCACCGCCGCGGAGUGUCUGCAGCACCCGUGGCUUAGAUAAGAUACGAUGCAACCUGGUUGUUGGCUGCGUGCCACCCAGCCAGCAACGGCAGAUGGAGCGGUAGUGGUAGCGGCAGCGGUAGUGGGAGCAGGAGCAGGAUUGCCGGCGGCGGCGACGGGAACGACAGAAGGCGGCGGAGGAGUUAGCGGUGGUUAUGUGGAAUCUUCGGCAUCGGUUGCCACAUUGGCCUCCAUCUCAUCAAUUGCUUCCACCUCGGCGGCAGCAAUGGCGGCACUGAAGGCCCGUCCUUAUCUAGUGGCACCCUUUGUGACCACAGCCUCGGCGCCAUCCACUCCACAGCCACAUGUUUCAAUGGCCACCAGCACGGCCCGCACAGCGCCAGCCACGCCCACACGUCGUCGCAUUGCCGUUGGAGCAGAAGACGUGGACCUGGUGGAGGACUUUGACGUGGGGCUUGCCGCCCAGUUGGAGGAGCCGCAGCUGCACACAAAGAGCAAGUCGCAGCGCUUCUUCUGGCGCAAGGCACUGCGGCGCGUCUUCCAACGCCGCAAGUGACGGCGUCGCCGGCAGGACUUGCCCCGCUGGCAUCGUCCCGCCCGUCGCUGUCGUCGCCGCAAUUUGGCCGAGCGGGUGAGGCGCAUCUGCGCCUGCUGUGCCUACGGUCAGAUCCUGCUGCGCGCAGCCCGCGUGGCCCUCCUCAGCUGCAUCCGCUGGCGAACCCGUGGCAACAUACGCAACAACAACUUUUACUUCAGCAACCACUAAAGCAUGAGCCAGAGAGCCAGAAAGCCAGCAAGCCAGAAAGCCAGAAAGCCAGCAAGCCGCCAGCCAAGCAACCAGCAGUCGCUAAUCUCCGUGCUUGCUCCAGCUAACUCGAGUUACGUUUAAUGUUAAUGAAUAACCAUUCGACUAAGUUAUACAGCAGCCAGCGCCAGCGCUUAAUUUAUUUCCUGUGUUUUACAUCGACAAUUAGACUAUUUUUGUUGCUACAUAUGAAAUUAUAAAAUGUAUUACCGCCUAUUACGAACACGUCCCCACGAAUCCUGUACAUAGGGUCGAUAGAGCUCGAUCCCAUUGAUCCAUUGAUCAGUUUAAUCGAAGCGACGCAUCCGAAGGCGAGCGAGAGUUUAGCGAGAGCGAAUGCCGCAUACAAACCUAUAAUAUAGGCCCAUAUCUGUUACUGUACAUUUAGCCAAGAGGCGAAUCGGCAAAUAUACAUUUAUAUAGCGUACACAUAGUUAAAUGAACUGGAGUCGAUCCAUCGAUCGGUGGCUCACUCGCUCAAUUGUCACGUUGCGAUAUUACGAUAUUACGAUGGGCUGAGAUGAGGAACCGCAGAUGGAUUUUUAUUAGCAUAUGUAAAUGUACAUGGAUGCAGAAACUUGAGCUGAACAUAACAAUAAUGAGAACGUAGUUAAUUAGUUUAUCCUCGGCUUAGUGAUCGACAUGAACAAUUUGAAAUGGCAUUAGUAGGCAUUAAAGCGUAACCUGAAAUAGAAAAGCGAAUGCACUACCAGCAACAACCACAAGUGAAACGAAUCCUUAACCCCGAAUCGGAACUAAUAAGCAUAUAAUUCUAAUUAAAAGUAGCCGCCACUAACAAAAGUAUUGUUCAACAUUAAAUACUAGCGCAAGCGCAAAAUAAUUGCAGCUUUAUUGGAUAGAUAAAAUAUUCUAGACACACAAACACACAACAAAUUUGGCACACUUAUCACUAACUAGAGCCACACAAAAUUUAUGGAAUUUUUCUCACCCACUCUCAACACAAGCAUAUAAAUACCUAGAGGCCACUUUAGUUAAGGCUAGAAGUUAAAGGCGAUAUUUUCAAUGGAUAAUGGAAGGAGCUAAGGCGAGGGAUUAUCAGACAUGUAGAAAGUGUAGGGCCCAGUGUCCUUGGCAAUCGGAUUGGAAUGGCAGGGGAUGUGUGCAUAACUGACUAUUGACUAUUUACGAGUACGUACACACUGCAUAUAUAUGGAUAAGUGGCCUUAUUAAUUCGGUUCUUCGCACCACAACACACCACACCACACACUACGCACCAGAAAACCACAACCUCAAACACACACACGCAUCCAAACCAAACCAAACUAAUUCACAAACAGAUACUAAACAAAUCCCCCCAGCCAAUCUGAGAAAGCUAUUACAAACACGAUUUACGCUGCGCGAACUAAGAAAUUAAAGAAUUAGGUAUGAAUAUUAUUGUAACUGGAGCAGACAUUACUGCAACUAGACAGCCUAGACAGCCUGGCCAGCUAGCAAGCAGAUAUCAAUCUAAAUUUAAACUAAAUGUGUCCAAGUUGGAGGAGAAUUGAAGAAUGAGAGACGGUUCUUUGUAGAGUAGCCCACACACAGUCGAUCUUCGAUGUUGUCAUCAAGUUAAUCAUAACAUAAAUGCAAAUUCAACAAUCUUCGGCUGGCCGAUGUUUCGAAAAUACUUACCGCAUAUACUCUUUGAAAAACGCCCAGACUUCCGAACGAAGCUACUACACUAGACUUUUGGCAUCAAAAGUGGAGGAGAGUCCCCCCACAGAUGACCACUUUGAAAUGAAUUAGAACCAGAAUAAGAAUCAGAAGCAGAAUCAGAAUCAGGAACCCAGCUGCCGAAUUGCAAUUCCAGUAUGUUCUCACGCUUUCAAAGAGUAUGAUUAUGAAUUAUACGAUACGAUACAUAAUUUAUUGAUGUAGUUAUAAACAAAAUAAACAACAAAUUACACAAAUUGGAAAACAA